UAGUCCUGUGGUCCUGUGGUAAACCCAGUGCUAUUUUUCUAGACCAUAACUCACCAUGAAUUCCUCUCUUGUUUUCUUAUAAUGGCAAUGGCGCCCACCUGAGAGGUGCCAGAACUGAGUUCCGUCUUUAAAAAAAGCCCUGGGUAAAGCACACAACCGGCUACAAAAUGAGGGCUUGGACAUGGUUACUUUUUAAUCCUCUGUCAUUAAUCAUCCACCUGCCUCUCACUUCCUGAACAGGUUUCCUGCUCUGAGCCAGAGAAGUAUAAAACUUAGGGCUCAGAAAUCCAGUCGCUCUCCCUCCUCCUCCUGGCCUGCCCUGGGGCUUUCUCUUAGCCUGACACACCCUAUGAUGCCAUCAUCUUCCAGGAACUGCUUUCUGCCUUGAGAGACAGCUUUUGUUUUUGUGUCAUUGUUUUCAUUUUUUAAAAAGUUAAGUAGACGCGACAUUGCAGGAAUAAUGCUGCGGCUGUUCUUCUAGGGCUUCUCGGCUUCUCCCUCCGAUUUCAGCAGAGACCUUCCGCACCGCUUUCACUCGGGAGCUGCAAGACUCAGGUUGUUUUGCCCGUUGCACCACCAGGUUCCCUCCCCCUGGAAGGAGGGAUAGCCAAGCCCAUCCACUCCAGCUGGGCGUUCCUGCUCCUCGAGGUGUCACCCAGACUUGGUGCCACACGCACACACCCGCUGCGCUCCGUCACCAGCUUUGCAGCCUUGCCCCUACGCCGAGCAAAGCUCUUUCUUUCCGCCGUCUCCUUGGCUGUGUGUCAACACGCUUGGUGGGCCAGUUCCUCUGUGUCGGGGACACCAUGCCGACACUCAAUGCCAGGUCGCUGAUCUCUCCACUGGGGAUUGUCCGGAUAUUUGAGAUCUUCUUCUCUUGCACGGCCUUCAGCUUGGUGUCUGUCCACAGGAACUAUGCUGGCUCUGAAGGUGCCUGGUCCAUGUUUACCUGGUGCUUCUGUUUCAGUCUUUCCGUCUUCGUUGUGGCCGUGGAGUUCAUCGGCGUGGCCCAGUCGCUGCCUCUGUCCUGGCAGGACUUCACCUCUGCCUUCUCCAUGUUGGCUGCUCUCAUGAUCUUCACCACCUCCAUCCUGUACCCGUCGGUCUUCAUCCCGGAUCGCUGCACGGGUGACUGCAGCUACGAAGGGAUCGCAACUGCCGCGUCUUGCCUCUGCUUCAUCACCUACGCCAUUGAAGUGAGACUGACCCAGGCCAAAGUCGGAGAAGUCAGCACCUUCCUGGCCACCAUCCCCGGCCUCCUGAAAGUCUUUGAGACCUACCUGGCUUGCCUCAUCUUCUCCUUGGUGGCCAGCUACCAAAUCUAUGCAGAGAAGCCUGGCCUGCAGUGGUGCCUGGCUGUCUACUGCAUCUGCUUCAUCGUCACGUUGCUCAUUGUCAUCCUCACCAUCGGCCGUUGCCUUGCCACCCUGCCCAUCCCCUUGGAGAAAGCUCUGGUGGGCUUCAACAGCUUGGCUGUGCUCCUGUACCUCACGGCGGCCGUUGUAUGGCCCAUAUAUGCCUUUGAGGGUUCCUCUAGGCCUUCAACAUGUUUCAGGACUAACCCGCAGUGUAUCAAAUGGAACAAUAAGCUCGGGGUGACCUUUCUGACCAUCUUCAACCUCAUUGCCUACAUUGUGGACCUCGUCUUCUCCACCAAAAUGGUUUUCUUUACCACACCAGCUUAAGCGGGCUCACCUGGGUAGGACCGAAACCACUUAGGAAUGUCGAUGACGUUCAUAAUGUAACUAUUCCAUGCAUGGAUUGAACCUGUCCUGCUGAACCCUGCUUCCUGAGGGAGCAGACGCCACCAGCACAUCAUUUCAUAUGUUUUAUAUGCAGCUAUUAGAAAUACCCUGCCAAGUCUUGCUGAGAGUUUCUCCGUGGAAAGAGAAAGGGUUUGCAAAAGCCUGGUCAGUGAUUCUGUAUCAGCUGCUUCCCUCCCUACCCC